UUUUAAGAUAUAUUUUUAUAUGAAUGUAGAUUUUUUAAUGAAUAAAAUAAUACUGUUACCGCAAAAAUUUGAAUCAUCAGUGCUGCCAGUGCUAGUUGCACACAGGGAUAUUUUUUUUUUCUAGGUCAGCAGCUAACCUUUGUAAACAUUUGUAAACAUAUCUUUUUGAUUGUCAAAAAAAAUUUAAAAAAAUGGCUGCUCAUGGACGAUUUGGUGGUCGAACAAACAAGGAACUUAUUCAAUAUUUAAAAAAGUCAAAAAUAGUUAAAUCAGAACGAGUUUAUGAGGCAAUGUGUUGUGUUGAUCGUGAAAAAUAUACAUCAAGAGAUCCUUACAUUGAUGCACCACAAGGAAUUGGAUUUGGAGUUACAAUAAGUGCACCACACAUGCAUGCCUAUGCAUUGGAGUUGCUCGCAGACAAAUUGAUAAGAGGAAAUAAAGCAUUAGAUGUUGGAUCUGGAUCUGGUUAUUUAACAGCUUGUAUGGGAGUGAUGCUUGGUAAUGAUGGUCUUGCUGUUGGUAUUGAUCAUAUUCCAGAGCUUCAACAACUUGCUGAAAAAAAUAUAAAGAAUGACAAACCAAAUCUACUUGAAAGUGGUCGUGUUAAAUUAAUAGUUGGUGAUGGAAGACUUGGUUGUACAAAAUAUGCUCCAUAUGAUGCAAUACAUGUUGGAGCAGCAGCAAAAGAAAUGCCUCAGACAUUGAUUGAUCAAUUGGCACCUGGUGGACGUCUUAUUGUUCCAGUUGGUCCUGAAAAUUCUGAUCAGACACUUGUACAAAUUGAUAAAACAAUUGAUGGUGUUAUUAAACAACGAUCAUUGAUGGGAGUUGUUUAUGUACCUUUGACUGAUAAGGAACGACAAUAUAAUUCGUGAAAUAGAUGUUUGCUCCAGUGAGCCUUUCGUAUCAUUAGCAUUCAAAAAUAAUAUAUAUAUUCAUUUGAAAGGGUAAGUUAUUAACUACAAAAGUUUACAACAUUUUUCAAUUGUCAAAAUUACUUUUGUUAGAGUAAUGAAAUGACAUAUAAUAGUGUAAAAAUAUUAAAUAUAAUAAUUAAAUCUUUUUAUAUUAAAAAUUCAACUGUGUUGAUAUUUUUUAGACAAUAUAAUGAUCAUUUGAUUUACAAUAACGCCAGAAAAUGGAUACUAACUAAAGAACUCAUUGAUAGACCUACUCCGUAAAAUCCACCAAUCAUUGCUGAGGCUAUUUCUUGUUCAUGUGUCUUCACUACUCUGUUGUAUUUUCAAACAAACAAUCAAUUGAUUAUAUAUUUUGUUAUUAUUUUAAUUUUAAAAGAAUGGAUAAUUUGAAAAAUUAUUACUCACGUAGGAACAAGUAUGAAUACACUUGACCAUGAAAAACCAUGGCUUGUAGAAAAUAAAAACAUUAUUAGCAUGUAAAUAAAAUCAUUGGUGAUGUAGACUGGAAAAUGUUUUUCCGAAUCAGCUGAAGCAUUACAAACAAAAAAAAUUGGAAUGAAUAUAAAUCUGGCUGUAGAAAUACUCAGUAGUAACCACGGUUUUCCUUUCAACUAAAUUAUAAAUAAAAUAAAAUAUUAAAAACAAUUAAAACACAAUUUUACAGAGUGUUAUACGAAUUUGAAAUUUUACCCAAGAUGAAUAACGUGAAUAUAAACAACCAAAAUAAUCACCAAUACUGAACGUAAGAAAUGUUGCAACUGGUACAAAGUAUUUAUCUGAAAUAAAUUAAUUGUUAAAUUUUUUAAAUAUUACUUAAAAGAGAUUUAUUAAUUUAUAUUUUAUUCUAUAUUUUAACUGACCGCUCCAUUCGCUGGUACUUGAUGAUUCACUCUUUACCAGUGAAUUAACUCCUGGAUAAACUAAAUAUGUUAUAAAAAAUGUCAAAAAAAUGCUCAAUCCAUAUGGCCAAAUUUUAACGAUAAUUUUUAUAUAUGAUACUGAAUUAUUAUCACUUGAACUUGGUGUAUCAUCAAUUGAUUUAUCAGAAUUUUUAAUCGUCACUUUCUCCUUCAUAUGAUACUUGAAAAAUUCCUAUAAAAAAACGAUUUGUAAUAAGAUUGUUUAUUUAAUUUUUAUUAAUGAAAAUAAACAUAAUAA